AUGUUUUGGAAAAAGAAGAAUGACAUCCCUGUGGUCAACCUUGGUGAUGUGAGGGAAGAGUCCAGGCAAAAUAUGCUCCAACAUUUGAAUCAGCUGAGUGAUAUCAGGAUGGACCAGCACCUCAGACUGACGUUCCUGUUCCAAGAGGCUGCUCAGUGCUUCAUUGGCCGGUUCAGCCAGCGCCGACCCAGGAUGGAGCAGUUUCUGACCAAGCUGGAGGAGAGUGCUGUGCAGCUGGACAGGAUGAAGCUGGGGGCUAAGAUCUCCAGUGUGGCAGGCAGCUCAGUGGGGGUGGCUGGAGGGAUCCUAUCCAUCGUGGGCUUAGCUCUGACUCCUGUCACUGCUGGGGUGUCACUGGCUCUCACCAUUGCAGGGGUCAGCCUGGGGGUCACCAGUGGGGUCAACAGUUUAACCACUGGCAUCACAGAGAUGAAGGUCAAUAGCAUCCAUGAGAAGAAAGCUAGUAAAGUCUUCCAGAGUUUCAUGGAGGACGUGGAGAGUCUCCAGGAGUGUCUGGAGGAUGUGGCCAGGAAUAUGGAGCCCAUCCUGGGGCAGAGCAGGGUGGACAUGGUUGGAGCAGGGAAGGUGAUUGCCACCACUGGGGACAUCGGAAAAGGCAUUGACUUCCUAGUUGACCUUUCCUCGGGUUUGAAGCCAGUGAACGAAGAUCUGAUCACAAGCGCUGGUAAGUUGGCGUUGCAGGAAGGCAAAGCAGCACGAAACCUGCCCAAGCUAGCAGGGGACAUCCCGGACAUUGGACAGGUGGCCCCACUAGCCCACUCCAAGUCAGCGCGGGCUGGUCUCAUCAGCAUCAACGCCCUCUUCAUUGGCCUGGAUGUCUUCUUCAUCUGUAAAGACAGCGUCAGCCUGGCCAAAGUCAGCAAGAGUGAGAGGUCUCAGCUCAUCUGUGCCAGAUCAGCAUUGUGGCGCACAGAGCUGGACUCCUGGCAGAGGUUCCAUGACUCGCUGUGUAGCUUGUUCAACAAUUAA